AUGGUGACUCUGUCCUCCAGGCCUGGGGUGACCCCUCCUUUCACGUUGGCCGUGCCCUUGACUCUGGCCUUCGAGGAGCAGCACCUGGCUUCCCGCGACCCCAUCCAGCAGUUCAGGGUCUGGUUCGAGGAGGCCGUGGGGUGCCCGGCCAUCGGGGAGGCGAACGCCAUGUGCUUGGCCACCUGCACCAGGGAUGGGAAGCCCUCGGCCCGCAUGGUGCUGCUGAAGGGCUUCGGGCAGGAUGGCUUCCGCUUCUUCACCAACCACAUCCGGCCCCUUUGCGCCGGGGCUGAGGACGCCAACCCCUUCGCUUCGCUCGUCUUUUACUGGGAGCCCCUCAACCGGCAGGUACGGAUCGAGGGCUCGGUCAAGCGGCUGCCAGAGGAGGAAUCGGAGCGGUACUUCCACUCCCGCCCCAAGAGCAGCCAGAUCGGGGCUGUUGUCAGCCGUCAGAGCACUGUCAUUCCGGACCGGGAGUAUUUAAGGAAGAAGAACGCAGAGCUGGAGGAGCGGUACAGGGAGACGACGGUGCCGAAGCCGGCAUACUGGGGGGGCUACAUCCUGCAGCCAGAUGUCGUGGAGUUCUGGCAGGGCCAAACCAACCGCCUGCACGACCGCAUCGUCUUCCGACGCCUGCGGGAUGGCUCGGCCCCCCUGGGAGACAUGACGCACCAGGGAGAGGGGGAAUGGGUCUUCGAGCGCUUCUCCCCGUGA